GCGCGGCAGCUGCUGCUCGUCUUCCACGGGGCGCUGCCGCCGGGCGUCGGUCCCCUUGUCCUCCCGGGCUCGGGCUGGGUUCGCCCUCCGGGAUCGGCGGGUCUGCGGUCCGCGCGAGCGUCCGUCCAGGGCGGCCGGGCCGCGGCUCGGGGAAGAGCGGUGGGAGCGCGGUGCGCCGGGCGCCGCUGCCCGCAUGGCGGCCAUCCAGGCGCUGCAGCAGUGGUGCCGGCAACAGUGUGAGGGCUACCGGGACGUGAGCAUCACCAACAUGACCACGUCGUUCCGCGACGGCCUGGCCUUCUGCGCUAUCCUGCACCGCCACCGGCCCGACCUCAUAAACUUCGAUGCUCUCAGGAAGGAAAACAUUUACGAGAACAACAAGCUGGCCUUCCGCGUGGCCGAGGAGCAGUUGGGCAUCCCGGCCCUCCUGGACGCCGAGGACAUGGUGGCUCUGAAGGUGCCUGACCGGCUGAGCAUCCUGACCUACGUGUCUCAGUACUAUAACUACUUCCACGGACGCUCCCCCAUUGGGGGCAUGGCCGGCGUGAAGAGGCCCCCAUCGGGCUCCGAUGAGGAACCGUCUGGGAAGAAGGCCCCGACCCAGCCCGCCAGGCCCUCGCCCACCCCAGCCCGGGGGCAGCCGCUGUCUCCAGUCCGCACAAACCCCAUCGUCCAGCAGAAGGAUAGGGGCGCAGAGGGGGCCCCCCUGAAGGCUGGCCAGGCCUCGGCGGGCAGCUCCGUCAGCAGCAUCUGUGGGGUCUGUGGCAAGUACGUGCACCUUGUGCAGCGACACCUGGCUGACGGGAAGCUCUACCACCGGAGCUGCUUCAGGUGUCAGCAGUGCUCCAACACGCUGCACUCGGGGACCUACAGGACCACGGGAGAGCCGGGCAUCUUCGUCUGCUCCAGCCACCACCCCAAAGCCCCCUCGGCAAGCCCCAAGUUGCCGGGCCUGGCCCCCAGAGAGACAGGGGUCACCCCCGUGGACUCCAAGCCCCCCAGCACCCCGCGGAAGGCCCAGGAGGCCAGUGGGCAGAGAGAUGUGGGGCCCAAGGCCAGGCCGCCGGCCUGGGAGCCUGUGGUGGGCAACUCAACUGCCAAAGGUUUCACUCCAGCUGCCGCUGACCGUCCGGCCACCACCUCCUCGCCCGUCCACAUAGGGAGCCCAGCUGGGCCCCAGCUCUCGGUGGGUCCGGUGGGAGGCAAAGCCAGCACGCGUGUGACCAACAGCUCCCCGACAGGGUGGUCAUCGUCGGCACGGGACACGGUGGCAGUCUGCCCCCGUCCUGCCCCGACCCUGAGUACCCCGGACCCUCGCCCGGCCACACCACAAGGCCGGGCAGUCCCCCGAGCGGCAGCCCCCCAGACCAAGCUCGAGUCAAGCCCAGCAUCCCCGGGCCCAGCGGACUCCCCGGCCUGGACCCUGUCGGCCUCCAGGACGCAGCAGGCCCGGGAGAGGUUCUUCCAGACGCCAGGAGCCGCGCCCGGCACUGGCCCGGCUGGCAGGGCCACGGCUCCUGCGGAUACGCCGUCGCCAUCUGGGGCUAGCAGCAAGGAGCAGGCGCGGAGCUUCCUCCGGAAGACCUUGCCGGGGCUCAGGGAGGCUGGCGCCGAGGCGCCUGGCAGGCCCUCCCCAGCCACCUCCCCUGCUCCGAAUUCCCAUCCCAGAACUGAAGGGCCACAAGCAAGUCUGUCUGCCAAGCUGUCACAGUCGGCAUCUCCUCAGGCCCGCCCCCCUUUGAAGACUGAGCCGCCAGCCCCCCUGAGUGUGGGCACCACCUCUCAGGCAUCCACGCCACCCCAGGCAGGCAGGAAGAGCUCGGCCGUAUCCUCAGGGGUUGGCAGGGUGGGUGCUGGCUCCAGCCUGAAGCUGGAGGCCCCACCGGCAAAGGGCCUGAGGGCCAGCCCCGAGGAAGGCCAGGAGGAUGGGCCGACAGGAUGGAGGGCCCGCCUGAAGCCCGUGGAGAAGAAAAGCCCCGCUGAGAGGGCCCUGGAGCUGAAGGAGCCUCGGGUCCCAGGAGAGCCGAAGGCUGGCGAUGCCCCCUGGAAAGUGUCUGGGAGCUCUGAUGGGGGCAUCCGCAUCACCCUGACCCCUGUGCGGCCUGACAGGACACUGAGCCCGGCUAGACCCGGGCCUGAUCUCUCAGCCGCAUCCCCCUCCCUGUCCCCGCCUCGCCGCAGGAAGCUGGCCGUCCCUGCCAGCCUGGAUGUUUCUGACAACUGGCUUCGGCCGGAGCCUUCGGGACAGAAAGCCCCAGCCCAGAGCUGGAAGGAAGAGGAGGAGAAUCCCCGUCCUCACAGCAAACCAGGGAGGCCCCCAGGCCCGGCUGGUGUCCCCACUCCACUUGGCAAGGCAGUGACCUCCCCCAUCAGGCUGCACCCUGACUACGUGCCCCCGGAGGAGAUCCAGAGGCAGGUGCAGGACAUCGAGCGGCAGCUGGACGCCCUGGAGCUCAGGGGCGUGGAGCUGGAGAAGCGCCUGCGCGCGGCCGAGGGGGAUGCCUCGGAGGACGCGCUCAUGGUGGACUGGUUCCGGCUCAUCCACGAGAAGCAGCUGCUGCUGAGGCUGGAGUCGGAGCUGAUGUACAAGGCCAGGGAGCAGCGCCUGGAGGAGCAGCAGCUGGACAUCGAGGGGGAGCUGCGCCGGCUGAUGGCCAAGCCCGAGGGUCUGAAAUCACCCCAGGACCGGCAACGGGAACAGGAGCUGCUGAACCAGUAUGUGAACACGGUGAACGACCGCAGCGACAUCAUCGACUCCCUGGAUGAGGACCGGCUCAGAGAGCGGGAGGAGGACGAGGUGCUCCAGAACAUGAUCCAGAAACUGGACCUCCAGAGAAGCGGCGGGGACCAGAGGAAGAAGCCCCGGUUCCGCUUGUCCAGCAUCUGGUCCCCGAAGAGCAGGAGCAAGACCCCCGAGUGAGCCGCCUGUCUGGCCUGCAGGACCCUCGCCCGUGGGCCGAGCAGGGCGGGCGCCGAGGGAGUGGGAACGUGGGCAGUGGGGACCCACACGCCCCUUUCUGCGGGGUCCGCGUGGCCUCAAUAAAGAAGCUCACCACAUGGCCUGGGCUCCCUCCCGUGCGCUCACGCCUCCUGAGUGGCCUGGCACCUGGCCCGGGGUCUCAGCUGAGGUCCAGUUCUGCACCAGUGUGGACGCGGCUGGCGCCUCGGGCUGCAUGGACGGGCUGGACAUGAGCCUCACAGGAGCCGGGGAUGUGGUGGGGUCUGUGCAGACUGCACUCAGUUGCUGGCCCCAUGAGGGGAUCUCUGAAGCUUGAGACCUGUGACCUUGGUCUUUGGGGCAGAGGCUGGCUGGGCCCCGGCAUGGAGGAACCCGAGUUCCUGGUGUCCUGCACGGGAGUGGGGGGACCCGGGAAGUGACUUCCCCUUCGGGCCUCUGUCUCCCCAUCUGUGUGAGGGGUGGGCUUGUCGCCCUGUCUUCCUGUGCUAUCUCCCGCCACUGUGGGAGCCCAUCCUGUGGUCCCGGCAGACCCUUGGCAAUGGCAGAACGCCAGUGCUUCCCCCACCUGGUGGCAGGUGGGGUCAAGCCCCUGUGGGUCCCAGCAGGGACGGAGCUGGGAGACCCCAGCUGAGGGCGUUGGGGCCCCACAGAGCUCUCGUUGCAUCCUGCUGCCUUCAUGGGGUGUUGGGGGGUUUCAACCGGGCUUCUUGGGACUUAGGGUUGGGGUGUGACAUGGGACAGGGAGGGCGGUGCAGAGAUGGAUUCACAGUUACAGCUGUGCUGCUCGGCUGUGUGGCCUUGGGCUAGGGCACUGCCUCCUCUGAGCCUUUGGUGACUGAUGGGCUGUGAGGAUCCACAGGGUAUGUGGGUGCGUCUGGACCAGCAGUGAUGGUAGGGGCGCUCAGAGACCUCCAGCUUGUCCUCCGAUCACGGCGAGACCCCCCGUGGAAAGGCUGGAGGGCGGGUGAUGAAGGAGACUGGCUGCCCAAGUGGUCAGCGGGGCCUGGGCACGCAGCCACUCAGGUAGGGGAAGCAGCUUGGCCUUGUUGCUCGGGCGCUGGGCACUGUGGGCGGUUCUGAGCAGAGGCCCUGGUUGAGACUCUCCUGUUAGGAGGAUGGCCUGGGCUGGGCCUGCCUGACUCUCUAGCUGAGACCUGGCCCCACGCUGUCCUCCCAGAUGUGGCCCACCGAGGACCCACGCAGUGUGGCCUCUUCACCACCAGGGGGAGGCAGAGGGCCACUCAGCAAAGUAGCUCCUUUUACUGAAAAGGAAACUGAGGCUCAGAGAGGCAAUGCGACCCCACUGACAUCACACAGCAAGUAGAUGUGGCCCGGGGCCUGGAACCUGGGACCCACCUCCACCGCUUCUGGGGCUGUGCCCUCCACGUGGCCCUGGGAGGUAUAUAUGGGUGGGCUGGGGCAUAUAUGGGAUCUUUGAGACGGGGCAGGGAAGGAUUCCACAGAGGGUGUGUUGUCCAGCCCCUUAUGGCCGUGGGACACUGGGACUGGUCCUGCUGGGGACAUGCUCCUCAGAGGCGUCCCCAUGGGCCGAGGGAGCUCCCCUCCAUCAUGGCUGCUCCCUGGGACCCCAGAGGCUGCCCUGGGGUUGCCGAGUAGGCACAGGUUGGUGCCCAGCAAACGGAGCUCCUGCACAGGUCAAGUCCCCCAGGCCCUGAGCCGCUGGCAGGAGGCCUUCCUCCCUGCCAGGGGCCCAGUGUCUGCAGACCCCAGACAGCACUGCCAUGGCCGGUCACGCACCAGUGUGUCCUUGGGGACACGGGGGGUUCCAGGUCCUGCGACGUCCAUUCAGCCUGGGGCAGAGCAGGAGGGGCCAUGGGGGCCAUGGGGUGGCCCCAAGGGUACAGGGGGGCCUGGCCUCACCGCUGCCCUGACUCCAGCUCGGAGAGGACUCAGCCCAGGUCCCACCCCCGGGGGACCCUCCACAACUUGCCAGGAGGCCCAGGGGCCUUCACCCCAGAUGAGACAGGGCCCGCAGCCUCCAGAGGACACAGUCACCGAGCGCGGCUGAGCGGACGAGGCUCACGUCGGCAGGGUGGCUCCUGGCUGCGCACUCCUGUCUGUGCAUACACAAGGCGCUCAGUACGUGUCCAGGCUCCUCUCCCCAGAGGUGGCCCGGGAAAGCCAAUGUUCCUGUCAG